AUGGAUCCGGGCGGGGGCGGGAGUGACAGUGGGAGCGGGGCGGAGGCUGCAGGCGGCCGGGGGCCCGGGGAGGAGGGCGGCGAGGCGGAGGGCCGGCCGGGGGCCGCUGGCGAGGAGCGGGGAGGCGGCAGCGGCCCGGGGGAGGGGGCAGGGCCGUCAGUGUCGCCGCCACCGCGGCUCAACGCCCACACCUUCCAGCAGCUGUUGGACGCGGACGGGAGGCUGGUGGGUGAAUCGCAGCUCCGCAAACUCGUCUUCAGGGGCGGUGGUGUGGAUCCCAGCAUUCGUAAGGAUGUGUGGAAAUUUCUGUUUGGGAUGUAUCCUUACACCUCUACAACUCGAGAACGCAAAGUGCUGGCGUUGGAACACCACGUCCGCUACAAGAUGAUGAAACACAGAUGGUUGGCCUUGAUACCGAGCAGCAUGAAGAUGAGGGUGGAUGAGACUGACAAAGAGCUGUAUGAAGUGGCACUUGCUUAUCAACAGACUAGCGAUGCCUGCAAUCUUAAAGGAGAGGAAGUGGACCUGUCAGAGAAGAGGUGCGAGCAGAUAGCCUUCUUAGAGCUGCAAGCAAAGGUUUAUGCGGACCGUCAAAGAAUCAACGUGCAUGAGUUGCACGAGGCGAUUAGGAUCAUAGACAAAGAUGUGCCGAGAACUGAACGAGUCAUAGCUUACUACCAAAAUGAAGGUGUGAUAAACCUAAUGGUAUUAAGAGACAUACUCAUCACCUUUGCUGCAUUCCAUCCAGAUGUUAGUUAUGCUCAAGGCAUGAAUGACUUAGUUAGUCGCUUCUUGGAGGUGUUAGACUCCGAAGUGGAUGCUUACUGGUGCUGCAGUUUCUACUUUGAGAAAAUUGCUUCUGACUUCAAAGAAGAAGGGUUGAUAAGGAAAAUCAGACUGGAGGAAGAGCUCCUGAAGGAACUGGACUCGGAGCUUCAUGCACAUCUCCUGAGAGAUAACCUGAAUGGCCUCACCUUCUGUCACAGGUGGCUGUUCCUGGGAUUUCAGCGGGAGUUUGAACACAGCGAGGCGAUUUGUCUGUUUGAGAUCCUCAGCAGUCACCAUCUUGAAUUAAACUCACUUGAAGCAGAAAAGGCACGAGACUUGGAGAGGAUGUCUCGCUUCCAAAGAGAAGAAGGUGAAGUCAGGCCUGAGAUGCCCUUGGCGAAUGCCGAUUACACCUUUGAACUCUUCAUCUGUGCUGCAAUCCUCCUGGAGAAGAGAGAAAUGCUGCUGCGAUGUACUGAUGAAGUACAACUCAUCCAGUUUACAAAUAGCUUGCAGGGAGCACUGGACUUGAACAUUGUCCUUCAAAGAGCAGAGCAAGCAUUCUUCGGUUACUGUAACAAAUCGGUGGUGGACUGUUUCAAGAAACUCUGUACCGAGCAGAAGAAAAAAAGCCUCUUUGGGUUGAAUCUGACUGAUUUGUUCUUCUAAUUGAUCAGGAUCUCAUUGAUUGCAUCUGGUUUACAAUUAGCGAGAAGCAUCUCCUGCCCAUGUUUCAGGGGCUCCUCCAAGCUCGACAAUCUCAGCACUAAAUGUAUUCUUGCAGAAACCUUCUGAUGUUUACAUUGUACUUUUAAGGCCAAUUGCUUGAUUGGUCGGACUCAUUAUGACAAUUUCCCAGCCAAAGGAAGUCUUUGGUUUAAAAGUGAUUAUUUUAAAAAGCACAAGACCUUUCCCACUUUUGAAAUGUGAGCUAAUGGAGACCAGUUUGACCUCUCUCACAACAGGCCUUCUGUGACGGGUAAAUCAGCACUGACUGUGUAAUGCUGCCUCUGUCCAACAGCUUUGGCCUACUACUGACCUGUCACUGGACUCUUUAUCAAGAUGAUUUUCCUCAUGUGCCUUACUGCAUUCCCUAGCCCAGGAUGAACAUGAUGUCAUCAUACAUGUUGGUCUUACCAAGGCUUUGUAGUCGAUACACAUAAAGUACUGAAGAGAAGCCCACAGAUGACUGAAUGCCAAUCUGCAGAUGUAACUGCUCAGUUAUUUCCACCAAAGAGCUAACCAAGUCCAAAUUGGCCUCUCACAACAGGGCUUGUGUGUCAUGGGUAUAUCAGAACCGACUAUUUAAUGCUGCAACAGAGGCAUAGGCUGGCAAACCCUGGCCAAGACCUCCUUACCACUUCAUAGGCAGAGGGUUAGAACCACUUUUGCUAGACUAAAUGCUUCAUAAUUCUACCCCAAUGUGAUAACUCACUUGACUACAAGAGCCAAAGAUAUGUAUAAGAAUUUCACUACACAAAUUUAAAUAUAAACAGUUUAAUGUAUCUUUUAUUAAUGAACAAUGUUAAUUAAAAUGUGAACUUGA